AUGACGAAAUCUUGCACUCUCUGUUCCACUCCCAGAGAUGUGCUGGUCCGCUGUCAAGUCGACGAAACCGCAAAAUGGCACUUCGUCUGCCCAGGCACGUGCUGGAAAUCAGUAUCCGGAGGCGUCGAAGAUGCAAAAGGACUAAAUGCACAAUAUCCACAUUACAGAUAUGGCGGCAUGUGGAAGAAUAGAAAUGCUGAUGGCCCUAUCAGUGCAAAGAAGCCGAGAAAAGUAAAGGAGAGGCAGAGGAAGGAGAUGAAAGCUAGGGAAGAGGAGGGAAAGUCUGACGAAGGGCAGAGCGGGGAAGAUGCCUCUGUACCUAGUGCGAGGAAGUCGAGGACUGUCAAGGAUAGACAGCAGGAGGAUAUGCAAGCAAGAGCGGAAGAGCAGACUGCUUCUGCGACGGACAGUGCAGGGGAAGACUCUGAAUGA